UCUUGAAUCAAUUUUCAUCCCAUUUCCAUCUCAUUUCCAUCAUUUUUUCACUUGAUUUCCUCUUACAACACCCUUUUAAAAUCACAAUCACAAUUACAAUCUCAAUUAAAAUUCCAAUUUAAGUUACUUUCAGAUCAACUUCCAAUUCAACAUUUUAACUGUCUAUAAUAUUCUCUCCUUCUAUCUUUAUUAUUUUGUUCUUGUUCUUGUUCUUCUUGUUUUGUUUUUCUUUCUUCUUUCUUUCCUUUGGCUUUUUAAAAUCAAAUCGUCGUCUAAAUCGUUUCUUCUCUACUCCCCCCCCAUCCUAAUACUUAAUAACUAAUCUCUAAUCUUUAAUCUCAAUGUCUGACGGCACAAUAACUAUCACUGAACCUCCUUUACUCUUAUCCUCUCAGCUAGAUAAUUCCGAUUCAACCAUAGACUCUGCCUCAACUUUAAAUAUCGUUGAUUCUUUGCUAUUGUCUGAUAUUCUCAAAAUUUGUCCCACCUUCUCCCUAUAUGACGAACUACUACUCAUAAAGGAAAUUCAAAAAGCUGGUCCUUUACUACACUACGAUCUCGACAAAAUCUACGACUCAAUCUCAAAUAUCCUAAAUUACCUCUCAGAAGUCCUCAAAAUCUUUCAAGACCUAGAAACCAUAACCAAUGUCAUCUCUCCAAUAAACCAGUACUACAACAACAUUGAAUGGAUCUACGAAGGCAGAAACGAAAUCUUGAAAAUUUGUAGAAAUGUUGACUCAAUCGAUUCAGUAAUAUCCCAGUUUUUAAGUCUAAUUCAAAACAAAUUCGAAUCAUGUAAUCAUGAAUCUGAUGACAUUAAUCGUAAUAACAAUAACAAUAACAAUAACAAUAACAAUAAUAAUAAUAAUGAUAAUAAUAACAACAACAAUAACAACAAUAACAACAAUAACCAAAAUAUAAUCGCCAACAACAACUCAAUUUUAAAUCACUUGUCUAUCCCAAAUAACAACAUCGAACUGCACUUAUCUCAAAUCCAAGAAGAAGACUCAACCUCCAUUUCCGAAGAUGACACAAAUAUCUUAUCUCAUAAAAAAUACAACUACAAUAAUAAACAAGCUCAAAAUGACAACGAUAACAAUAGCAAUAACGAUGAUGAUGACAAUGAUUCAGAUCAAACUAGAUCCUUCUCCGUAUCCUCCCUCUACAGCAACAACUCAAUCAAAAGUCACCACAACUGCGAAAGAAAAAAAAAAGAAUACCUACAAGUCUUGGACAAAAUCGAACACUUUAGCGAUCUAACUCUCCACGUUAAAAAAUAUCUAAUUGUCUACAAAAAAAAGGUAGAUAUCUCAAUCCAAUUCAACGAACUAUACUACCAAAUCAUUGACUCAAUUAGCUAUGAAGUUGAAAACUAUCUCAAAGAAUCCUUCAAAAUUCAUGAAUUGAAAUUUUCUCCAAAUCACCAAUACGAUUUAAAAUUUAGUUUGGAAAUGUUAACCGAAAAGAUUAAAUUCAUAACAGAACUAAACCAUCAAGACUCAAAUCACCAAGACUCAAAUCACAACUCAAAUCAAUCCUCUCCGAAAAUUUCACUUCCAAAUUUAUCAUCAAAAGAUAACAACAACAACAACAACAACAACAACGUCACAAUUCAACCAAAUUUUAUCUUCAACUCAGCUAACAUCACUGGGAUAUCCCCCAUCACUGAAUCUUACCCAUCAAAUAUUUCAAACGGCUACAAUAUCGUCAAUAACAAUCACAACAAUAACUUAUUCACCUACGCAACUUUAAACUCCCCUACAAAAAACUUAAGAUUACCUACUUUUGAUGAAACUGAUGAAGUCCUCUACAGCAACUUCAUCGAACUAAAACUAAAACUCGACCCCUUAAAGAUAUCAAUCGACUACAUCCAACCAAGACUAGAAGAAUACAUCUCCAUUGCAAAGGAUAUCUACCCUAGCUCAAUCGGCAUCUUAAAGGACAAAUACGAAAAACUAUUCGAAAGAUGGGUCUUCCUACAAAAUGAUAUUGACGAUUUAAAACACGAAUUAAUAGAUAAAAGAUGGAACGAAAUUUUCUCCUAUCUAAUCAACGAAUGCUCUCACCUAAUUUCUGACAUCGAAAGAGAACUAAGUAAACUAGGUAUACACAUCAGUCUCAACUCUAAUGACUUACCAAAUGCAAAAUUUGAUAAAUCCUUGGGAAUCAAAAUUAAGUCAAUCCCCCAAAUCGGUAAAUAUAAAAUGACAAUUCUAGAAAACACUCUAAUCAUCUUAAAACAAGCCAUUGAGGAAAAUCUCGUCAAUAAUCACGAAAUCAUAGACUGUUUUAAUCAAACAAGAAAAAACUGGUCCGAUUUUAAAUUUUAUUUUGCUUCUGAAUUUUUAGAUGAACUAUUCAAUACAGAAAAGGAUAUCGUUCUGAAAAAGCUGGAAAAUAAAUUAUUUUUAAUCUCAAAGGAUGAAUCGUCUCUGAGCCUUCGAGAUAUUGAAGAAUUCAUCUCAGAUAUCAGCUCCACAAACAGUGAUGAUUCGAUCAAUCAAAAUCUAACCAACAGCACUCGCAAUAAAACAAUCGAUCCCACUGAUACAUCUUCCGAAAAUACUUCUCCUUCAUCUUCUUUGGUAGCCACUAAUGAUUUAAAAGAAAAUACACCAUUAAAGAAAACAUUUUCUCAUCGCACUCGUCAAAGCUCUAUUGAUGAAGUAACUGGUCUAAUUGGUUUCAGUUUAAGUGGAGGAAGCGCCAGUCAUGUUCAUGGCCAUAAUAUAAUAUCAAACCCAACAACACCUAAAAAAUCCAAAUUUAAUAACAGAAAAUCAAUAAUUGGAUCAGCGUUAGUUAGUAAAUUAAAUUUACAUCCUGUUUUAGUACAAGGCACUCCAACUUCCCCCAAAAAGACAAAGGAAAAUAACUCUAAACAUAGAAAAUCUAGAAGUGAAAUUGUUAAAGUUCCCAGCUCAGCCUAUGAAAUGGAUAGACACUAUCUUUCAGAUGGAGAUACAAACGAAAGUAGCCUAAUUAGAGAAGACAUGUUGAGCAUUUUACAGGACCAAAGUAUGUCUCUCGAUGUUCAAGACAAAAUUCAAGAUAAAAUUCAAGAAAAUGAUGCACAGCAAGAAAAAGAAAAGGAAAAAUAUAAAAAUAAAGAUAAAGAUAUGCCAAAUCAGAAUCUAGUCAAGUCCCCUAAUGAAUACAGAAUCACUCCAUUGGUUGAUAGAUUGGGAACAAAUCGAGUUAAAAGUGAAGACUCUAGAAAUGACAUUAAGAUUUCCUUUGACAAUAGCCCCAAUAAAAAUUCUAGAGAAUCUCAUAUUUCUUCAAGAUCUGGAACAUCAUCUGUAAGCAGUGUGAAUUCUGAUGAACAUCCGGAAUUUAAGAAUCUUUCAAUUAUUGAAAGAACACGAUUAAAAGCUCUAAAAAAAUUAGAAAGUGGGAAUGGAUUUAAUGAAGAAGAGAAUCUUGUUAAUAACCUUAACAGAAUGUCCUUGGAAGAUAACGAUGCAAAUAAAAUAUCAUCCUUUAAAGGAAUGUUGGAUAAUAUCCCUGAAGUUGAAAAUGAUUUUAAGAAAACUUUGCCAAAGUCGUUUAAAAACUCUGCCAACGGUAGUGCAGUUUCAACACCAAAACGUCAACAAAUCGGCAAAAGAGAGAUAAUGGAGAAUUAUUCCAUGAAGCGUGAUGAAACAACAACUAGAAAUCCCAUGAGAAGUUUAGUCGGAACUACAGCAUCACUUUCACCCAGGGCAGUUAGAAUUUUUUCAAAUACAAAUAAUAAUAUUGGUAAUAUUGGGGAGGAGCAUAUUUCAAGAAGAAUUAAUGGUAUUCCUCAUAAAGAUAAUAAAAUUUCGUUUGUUGGAAACUCUAAAAUAUUAAAUAAUGCUAGUGCAAAUAUAGUCGGGAUUAAUAAUACUAGUAGAAGAUCAUCAUUUACUUCUAUGAAGUCAAGGCCAGCGUCAAAACGAAGUUCGUUGAUUCCUACACCUAUAUCUCCAUCAGCUCGUAUUAGACCACCAGGUCCUCCGGCAAUUUUCAGCUCCCCGGGCAAGAAAUCGUUUUCCGAUGGGUCAUUUGCAGAAUUUCAAGAAUUUGCUCAUGUUUUUGAAGAUUGUGAUAAUGUUUUAAAAGUUAGACCUUCAAGAUUAAGACUGCCAAAUGCUUCAAUAGAAUCAUUGGGUUUGAAUAAGAAACCACGAGCUUCAAAAACAUUCAGUGGAUCAACACAAGAAUUUCUAUCUAAUAGAAACAGUUCAAGUAUCUCAUUAAAUUCAAGUGUUUCAUCAGUUUCAUCGGUUCGUAAUAGUGCCAAUAGUACUACCACUAAUAGAUUAAGUGGGAUUAGAAACUCUUCAAGAACUGGAUUAAAGACACCAAAUAGAUAUCCUACUAGUUCUAACAGUAGGUCAAUUAACACUUUAUCGGUUGCUUCUUCUGUUAAUACAUAUUAUUCUGUAUCAUCUAAAUAAUUUUUUGGUCUCUAUUUUUAAUUAUUAUUAUUUUUAUUAUUUUUAUUGUUUUUAUUGUUUUUAUUUUUUUUAUUUUUUUUUAUUGUUGUUUUAGUUGUUUUUAACUGUUGUUAUUUGUUACUACUUGUUAUUAUUGAAUCUAAUUCCUUGUUCAUCAUAUUUUUAAAAUUUUAUAUUAAACAUUUUUUAUCAUUUAUAUUUUAUUACCUUUUUACUUUUUUACUUUUUUUCUAUUUAUUUUUACAAUGUGUUGUUAUUUUAUUAUUCGUUAUCGUUGAAUCUUUUGCUUUUUUUCUGUAAUUAUAUUUUUUUAGUGGCUAAUAAAACAUGGUUAGGGUUGAUUCUACAAAUUUCCAAAAAAAAUAUUGAAAAUUAAAUUUUUCUGUUAUUUUAAUUAUUCUUAUUUC